GCCAAAUGGGAGUUGGAGAUGGAGCAACAAAUUGCUAGGGAAAGAGCCGCUUGGGAGGAAAGGUUUCAGAAGUUAGAAGCGAUGGUUAAUGGGAAAGAGAUGCCAGCUGACUCACCCAAACCUGUGACACCGCUGAAUGAUUUAGGCUCUGGCCAAGGCAGCUGUUCAAGGCACCUUGAAAAGGCUGGUUUGAAAGCUAUUGAAAUUGAAGCUGCCAAAACUGCCAAGAAGAAGUUAGAUUUAAGGGACGACCAGCAGAAAGUAGUUGAGGAGAAUGAAGUCUUUGUGGAUGGGGAGCUGAACAUCAAACUAACCUCGAUUAUUGAGGAGGAGGUUAGAAAUGAUUUAACUCCGAAAAAAAAUGCAGUUGUGGAGCAAGUGCAAGUGCCUCAGGUUCAGUCCACCAAUAUUGUCCAGUCAGGGUGUAAACUUGCGAUAGAUUCAUUGGACAACAUAGUGGCUGAAGGAACGAUCAUUCAAGUGGAUGUUGACUCCAGCAAGCAAACUAUCCAUGGUGUUCCAUUGGCUGAGGAAAAUGUCCGAGUAUCGAUCACCAAAUCUAUUGUUGCUAAUGCUUUGCUACCAAUUCCUAUUAAUGAUGAGAUUCUGUUUGUCCGCGAUGCAAUUGGUACAUGCAUUGCUUGGCCUAGAGACUGGGUUAUACCCACUGCAGCUGAUGCAAAGCGGGAAAAGAUUAAGGUUGUGAGGAGGAAAAAGAAGGAUAUAUAUGAUGAUUUUUUUGAUCAUGAUGAUUUGGACAAGCUGCCACCCAAUUUGCCUCCACCACUUAAGACGUUGGCCACAUGGGCUAAUGAUAACUUGAAGGAUGGGAUCACCAUCCACACAACCUUAGGCGAGGAAUUAUUUGGAUAUCUAAAAAAGGUCGCCAUCUUCAGAAGGGAUGUGUAUGCCAUGACCAACAUGAAGGAGGUUUCUGCCGGCUGCAUUGUGAUGUAUAUGAGCUUCCUUUAUCAAGUGUUGAAGAAAUCGAAGAUGCUUGACAUGAUUGGCUUCGUAGAUCCUGCUAAUACUGGUAUCAUUGGCUGUGGAAAUCCGACUGAACGGGCUCGUUCUUUGUCAGUUUCUUAUGAAAGAGGGAAGCCUGGUCAGAUUUUUUUGGUCCCCUAUAAUUCAGGCGGUCAUUGGAUGUUGACGGUGGCAAACCCCACUGAAGAAGUUGUGUAUUUCAUGGAUCCGCUAAAGAGGCGACUCAUCACCGGUGAAUGGAGAACUAUUGUGGACAACUCCAUCAAAAUAUUCAAUGCCCAAAAACAUAGGAAAGGCCGAAAGACAGUUCAAUGGAAAAACUGUGCAGGCAUUCCGGAGCAGAUGGGUGAUAAGACUUGUGGUUAUUGGAUUAUGCAUUACAUGAGGGAUAUAGUGGAGGACAAAAACCAAGAGUGGAGUGCUAAGUGGGAAAGAAAAGCAAAUCACUAUUACACAAUGGAGAAUGUUGAUGCUGUCCGGGCAGAGUGGGCAAAGUAUGUUAUGAAGUUCAAAGAUAACUAGUGCAUGUGUAGGUUAACUAGUAGUUAAAGAUAUGUAGCACCAACUUUUGGACAUGCAAAGUUGAUAUAUAUAUAGGCCAGAUUUUGAUUGCAGUACUGCUAGCUAUUUUGCUAUGUUGUUUAGUUGGUUGCCCACAUUGUGUAGUGCUUUUGGUUUAUUAGCAAGCAGUACUGCAUGUAUAUAUUUUGCUGGCUGCCCAGAUUAGUAGAUAUGGGUCAUUUAGAACUGAUGCUGAUCGAUGA